AGUAAGAAAAUUAUCCACACCAGAGCCUGUGUGGUGGCUGGCACUGGCAAGCACAUCAGGCUAUCUCCCGCGCUCGGUUCCAGCCUCCGGAGCUGCUCGAAAGCAGCACCCCAUGGCGGCCACGGCGGCCGCAGCCGCAGUGCGCCCGUCUCUCCCCAUCACGCCUCCGCGGCGCGAGCGCAGCGCCGCCUGCUGCUCGCUUGCGCCGGCGACCAGCGCGCGGUCCACACGCUUGCCGCCGUCCUCUGUAAUUCCCUUGCAGAGAUGGCACUGCACCGUCGUCACCCAUGCCGGGAGCCGCCGGCUCCAGGGGCCGCGCUGCAGCCAGGCCGAAGUGGCGAGCAGCACCGUGGACGACGACGAGGCGUGCGAGCUGGUGAGGGGCACGGACGUCGUCAUCGGGCAGGGCGACGACGAGAGCGUCCGCGCCUACCUCCUCGAGGCCGUCAAGAACAACAACGGCACCUGCGUCCUCUUCCUCUCCGACGUCUUCGGCUUCGAGGACUCCGCCACCCGGGACUUCGCCUAUCGCAUCGCAUGCCACGGCUACAACGUUCUGGUGCCGGACUUGUUCCGCGGGAACCCGUGGAAGAAGAGCCUGCCGAUGGACGGGUUCCAGGCGUGGCUCGCCGGGCAGGCCCCGGAGAGGGUGGCCGGCGACAUCGACACGUGCAGGAAAUGGCUGGUUGACGACUUCCUGGCGGCCGCGCCGUCCAAGAAGCUGGGCGUGGUCGGGUUCUGCUACGGGGGCGGCCGCCUCGUGGAGACGCUGGCGCGCGACGCCGAUGCCGCCUGCUUCAGAGCGGGCGUCUGCUUCUACGGGUCCCGGAUGGACGCGUCGCUCGGGGCACGGAUCGCGGCGCCGGUGCUGUUCGUGUGCGGCGACGGCGACCCGCUGUGCCCCGUGGAGACGGUGCGGGAGCUGGAGAGGAGCGCGAGGGGCGCCAAGGCGGCCGUGUACGCCGGCAGGGGCCACGGGUUCGCGCACCGGCCGGAGUCGCUGGAGGACGACGGCGACGCCGAGGACGCGUUCGCGAUGAUGAAGAGCUGGUUCCACGACCACCUGCUUGCUUGAUCUGAGCUGAUCUGAUCAGCCGUCGUGUGUCGUGUGUACAUUCUGUUUGCUGUGCCUGUGUUCGUUGUUCUGGUUGAUUGCAACUGGUGAAGACUGAAGAGGUAAAGUGUACAUUGUUAACACUCAA